CCAAUUUUAAAGCCCACAGCUCUCUGUCUUCUCUUCUCUUUGGUUCUCUACUCUUGUCGUCCCCAUCUUUGAAGUCCCCAUCUUCUCUUUGCCUUCAGUACUAGGUAUAGUCAUCUGUCCUCUACUCCUCGUCUGCUCUGUCCUGAUUCCCAAUUCGGUGUGAUAAAGCGGGAAAAACCAAAACCCUAACACUCUGAAUCCCAAAUCCCAAUCGAAGAAGGAUAAGCCAUGAAGCUCUCCUUCUCGAUCCCCUCCAAGUCCUCUUCCUCCUCCAAUCCCAUCAAACUCGAUCACUCCUCCAAAAACGACGCCCCACCCUCCAAGCACUUCGUCACCGAAUUCGACCCUUCCAAACCGCCAACUGAACAAACCGCCACCGUUAUACCCCCGAUCCAGAACGAAUGGCGCCCCACCAAGAAGAUGAAGAACCUCGAGCUUCCCAUCACCGACCCCAACGCUGACCAUCAAUCCCUCGAAUUCGAGCACGAUUCCAAUGCCGCGGAUGCAGAACCCGGCACCGACAUGUCCUACGGUCUCAACCUGCGCCAAGCCGCCGAGAAAAAUGGAAAAACCGGUGAACUCGCUGAUGAUGAGGAUGAUAGGGUUCCGCGGCAACGGCCGGAGGUGGCGUUGCUGCAGAAGUUUAAGGACGAUUUGAAGCGGCUUCCUGAUCACCAGGGUUUCGAGGAGUUUAAUGAUGUCCCUGUUGAGGGUUUCGGCAAGGCCUUGCUGGCCGGAUAUGGGUGGUCAGAAGGAAUGGGAAUAGGGCGGAAUGCCAAGGAGGACGUCAAGAUUGUGGAGUACAAGAGGAGGACUGCCAAGGAAGGGUUAGGAUUUGUUGGCAAUGAUCGCGGUUCCGUUCAGAGCCAGAAGAAGGAGGAGAAGAAGAAAAGCAGGGAAGACAGUGGGAGAAAUGAUGCAGAUUUUGUUAGUGAGAAGAAGAUUGUGAGGAUUAUUGGGGGGAAAGAUGCUGGAUUGAAGGGUAUCGUUGUGAGGAGAAUUGGGGAGGAUUGGAUUGUUUUGAAGGUUUCAAGGAGUGGGGAGGAAGUGGAGGCUAGAGUGAGUGUGGAUGAUGUUGCUGAACUGGGAUCUGCUGAGGAAGAGAGGUGCUUGAGGAAAUUGAAGGAACUGAGGAUUCGGCACAAGGGUGAAGAUGAUUGUAACAGGGACAAGGCUUCAAGGCAUAAGCGUGAGAGAGAUGAGAAGACAACUCGAGUGAAAGCUAAUGGGGGUGAUCAUAGGAAGGAAGAUCAGCAGCGAGGAAAGAAACGGAUUUCUUGGCUCACAAGUCACAUUCGAGUACGGGUUAUUAGCCAGAACAUUAAAGGAGGGCGGUUGUAUUUGAAAAAGGCACAGGUUUUGGAUGUUGUUGGGCCUUUGACUUGUGAUAUAUCUAUGGAUGAGAGCAAAGAGAUUGUUCAAGGAGUGUCCCAAGAUAUGCUGGAGACCGCGCUUCCUCGACGUGGGGGACCAGUUCUUGUGCUAUCUGGUAAAUAUAAGGGUGCCUUUGGGAGCCUGGUUGAGAGGGAUUUGGAUCGGGAAGUUGGUGUUGUUCAGGAUGCUGAUACUCAUGAGCUGCUCAAUGUGAAGCUUGAACAGAUUGCAGAGUAUAUAGGGGAUCCCAGCUUAUUAGGGCAUUGAUUUUGUUGUAUCAAUUGCAGUGUAUAAUAAACAUUGAUUAGAAAAACAGAUCAUAUACAGGUCGAAAAUUCUAUUUGCUUAUUUUGCAUACAUUGUUGAAUAAGAAAGCAAUGUACUCUUCAUCAUCGUGAUUAUCAAAAUGGCGAGCUUUUCUUGUUAAGUUUUAUGAUA